AUGGAAGGGAUUCAAAAUGGUUCAGAUGCAUUUUCAACAGUAAUGAAAGGAUCCUUCAAGGAAAUAGUAGCUAAUUCAACCCAUUGGUUUCAACAAGCAAAAGCAAUUUACUUGAACUCUAUGGAUUGGGAGGAUCCUGAAAUUGAGGUGCCUAAAGGAGAUAAUGUUGUAUUAUUUUCUAGGGAUAAAAUACAACAACUUCGCAAACCUUGGAGUUUGACCUUAAUGGGUAAAUGUCUGGGAAUUUUUAUCCGACCAUCAUUUAUGACUCGGAAGAUUCGUUCCUUGUGGAAACCAAAAGGUGCAGUGGAGGUUAUUGAUUUGGGGAAAGGAGUUUACUUAUAUCGUUUUAGCCUUCAAGAUGAUUAUGAGAAAGCUUUGUUUGGUGGGCCGUGGUAUAUUCUAGAUCAUUACCUUAUGAUAAACCGUUGGCAACCAAAUUAUAGACCAACGGAAAAUCAUUUUGAUAAGUUAGCGGUAUGGGUUCAUUUCCCAGAGUUGCCAGUGGAAUAUUAUGAUAAAGAGGCUCUUUAUUUGAUUGCUAGCAAAGUGGGGAAGCCAAUUCGAGUAGACUAUGCAACAAAUAACUUAUCAAGAGCCCGAUAUGCGCGAGUUUUUGUUGAAGUGAAUCUAGAUAUUCCAAUCUUAACUAAAGUUUGGGUUGGAAACUGUUGGCAGACGGUGUUGUAUGAAAAUUUGCAUUUGUUAUGUUUCCAGUGUGGUCGUAUUGGUCACCAGAAGUCUCAAUGUUCUGAAUGGAAGGAAGGAAACAAAAUGGAGCUAGGUGGAGCUGCGGAGGUCCAGAAUGGUGCAGAUACAGAUGGCAAGAAUGAUAAGCAAGUGUCAUCUGGGAACGUGACACAUGGCAUUCAACAUGCCGAAUCAAUUCUCACAGUUGGAAAAGAUAUUGUGGCGUCUAAUGGCUUAAUUGAUAAAGGGUGUAGUGAUAACUUAUCAGAUAGUUAUGGGCCUUGGACUACAGUGCUUCAUAAAAAGAAAACGGUUAACUCAAGUUUGGCUCAUCAAUCAAGAUUUAAUAAAGGCAAAGCACCCAUUAAUUACUCCUCUUCAUUGCCGUCAGGGAGCCGAAAACCAAAAUACAACCAUAUGAAUUCCAAUGCUCCUUCUACAAGUAAUUACUAG